AUGCCGCUGCCGGUGUCGCUGCCGGUGCCGGUGCUGGGGCUGGUGCUGGUGCUGGGGGCCCGGGCGGGUGCCGGGGGUGGCUGCCAGCUCCCGGCCGAGUGGCGGCCGCUCAGCGAGGGCUGCCGGGCCGAGCUGGCCGCGAUCAUCGUGUACGCGCGGGUGCUGGCGCUGCACCCCGACCCCUACGGCGCCUACAACUACCUGCCCUGGCAGAGGGGCCCCCCCGGCGGCGCCCAGCACGGAGCGGGGGAUCUCUUCUACUCGGCCGAGAUCGAGCUGCUGUGCGACCAGGCGUGGGGCAGCAUGCUGGAGGUGCCCGCCGGCUCCCGCCUCAACCUCACCGGCCUCGGCUACUUCUCCUGCCACUCGCACACCGUCAUGCAGGGCUACGCUUAUUUCUUCUUCCUGCGAAUGGAUGAGAACUACAUCCUGCUGCCACACGGAGUCAACUUCCAGGAGGCGAUUUUCCCCGACACCCAGGAGAACAGGAGAAUGUUUGCCAGCCUUUUCCAGUUUUCCAACUGCUCGCAGGCACAGCACGCGCUGAGCUUCUCCAGUGACUGGGAGAUUCAGGAGGACAACCGGCUGAUGUGCUCCUCGGUGCAGAAGGCCCUGUUUGAGGAGGAGGACAGGGUGAAGAAGCUGCAGCAGAAGGUGGCGGCGCUGGAGAAGCGCAACAAGCAGCUGCGGGACCGGGUGAAGAAAGUCAAGAGGUCUCUCCGGCAAGCCAGGAAAAACUCCAGGCACAUGGAGCUGGUGAACAGAAAGCUCAGUGAGAAACUUUCCUCUGCAGGUGGUCAAAUGCCCUAUAUUAACUCUUUGAAGCAGGAGAACUCCCACGGUACCUACCUGAAGGUAUAAUGCAGGGUAAGUGCUCAGGCCUGUGGGUUUUGUCUGCGUUAGAGCAGGGUUCUGGCCCUCACGCCUUCUCUAUGCUGUGCUUCAAACCUUGCAUGGAAAAUGAAUCUGACCUUGCUUUAGACACAGUGCCAGAUUAAACAGGAAUGCCAGCUGGAUUUGGCACGGCCCACAGCCGUGUCCUGCUGUUCUCAGUGCACACAGGGCCCGACAAUCAUCUGUGCCUCUCCUCCCUCACCCAGCUGCACCUCCAGCUUUAGGCUGUGCUUGAUGGAAGUGCCAGCCCAGACCUCUGGGCUAUUGCAGGCACUUGACACAGGAGCUCCUCCUGAUAGUUUACCUCCUCCUCAUGGGCUGGGCAAGCAAGGCUUCCCAAAUCUUGGGAUCUAGAGAGGGGUGUGGUGGGAAGGAUGAAGGCAUGGAUGCCCUUCGCUCCCUUAUCACCCUCAUGCUCUCGGCCUUGAGCUUGAUUGAAGUCCUCACCCAGUGCCUGGGCAUAGGCUGUGUCUGAGACUGGCAGUUUGUGCCCCUAUUCAGCACAAAAUAUAGAUGUGCUCAAAUUGUCUUAAGACUGUCCCUAUAUAUCUUUAAAUAUUCUAAAUCGAAUAAAUAACAACUUUUAUUUUUCCAAAAAGUGCCUCAAAGCUCUCAGUAACUCCCCGAGUGCCUUUAUCACUGGUCAGCCAGCUGGGUUGGAAACCACAUCAUUUUGGGACUGUGUUUAAGACCAAAUCCUGCAGUCAGGAGUGGACCGAGCCUAUGAGUGGGUGUUGGAUCAGGCCCAGCAGGCAAUUUCAGAUCCCAUUCUCAAGCAGGUUUAAUUACAGUGUGGACAAAGCUUCAAGUUUUGUAGUCACUGAGGUAUAAUGGAGGUUGCUGGGCAGCCUCAUUUAGUUACAUUUAAAACCUGUAGAGACCACAUCAAUAUCAACAGGGCAUUAAAAAUUUAGGUAGUUUAUAUAUGUAUAUAUUUUAAAAUCCUAUAGAAAAUAUUUUUAUUACACAUUUGAUAUAGUCUAAUUUCUUAAAAUAUGAAGUAAAACCUGUUUCUUGGUUAUCUCGUAAAAAAAGAAAAGUCCAUCAUAUCCUUUAUUAGGCAUUUAGAAAAUCACUUCUGCUCAAGCAGUGUGGGUUUAGGCCUCAGUAUCCAUGGCUGAUAAUGUUAAUGCUUGAAACUAUCCCUGCACUUGGAAAAGCCCAUAUCAGCUUUCAGAUGUGAGCUUCAGUCCAAGCAGAACACAGAAGCUGACUCUCAUUACCUUCCAGUUUUGCUCCUUUUGGAAGUACUUUUUUUUUUCCCCUCUUGAAAUAAUAUUGGCAUUUUUAAAGAUUCUGACUCCUCCUCAAGCUCCACUGGUUUCAAAGGCUCCACCUUCCACAUCACCACAAUUUGAAUUGUUUUCUGCUGGAGUCAGCAAUGCUGUUUCCUGAGAAUAACUACAGAACUUCGGCUUCCCUAGAAGCCAUCAAGAGAUUUUAACUCCACAAUUUAAAUCCAUAGAAAAGUAACUACUUUUUGUUGUUUUAUUUUCUGGCUUCUAAACUACUGUUUAAACAAAUGAACUGAUUUUCCUGGCAUAGGUAUUAAAAGCUUGUGUUUUAAUUUUUUGUCAAGAAAAAUAUUCCCUCUGGUAUUCAUUCAUGUUUUAUAAGUGUUUGUAUAAAGCUGAGAAAGUAUAAUUAAUAUAGCUAAACCUUUGCUAUUCUUACAGAUUUUCCAAACACAGUGUUGAAUAUCUUUUUCUUUUGGCUGGUAUUUUUGUUGCUUGAUGAAAAGAUUGGAAUUUUCUUCCUGUUUCCCCCUUUGUCUUCCUUAAAAAAAAAAAAAAAAGUAAAACAUUUUGUUCUCC